AUGUCUGAAACUGGAAUAACUCCCGCACAACAAAAUGUGCUUGUUGAUGCCUGGAAAUUAGUUAAACCGGACAUUGUGACUCAUGGUACAAACAUUUUUUUGCGGUUCUUCGAAAAGAAUCCAGAAUAUUUGGGAUAUUUCGAUUUUUCCAUGGAUUAUGAGGCAAAGGAGUUGAAAGAUAACAGAUCCCUGCAUGCUCACGCAUUGAAUGUGAUGAACUUUUUUGGAGCCCUUAUUGAGUAUGGACUGGAUCAUCCCAUGAUGUAUAAAAGCAGCCUUUCAAAAAUGGUCAAAAAUCACAAAAGACAUGGAGUGGCCAAACCAGAUGUUGAGGUCGUUUGUGGAAUAAUCAAGGAAUACUGCUUGCAGACUUUGGGACACUCAGGUGAACUGGAAGAUGCUUUUACAGCUCUUUUGGAUAGUGUUGCCAAUUCAUUCGAUUAAAUUCAUGAUUAGUAUGCAGCUAUCAGUCGUGUGUAGUUAGCUACUGUGGUAAACAGUUGGUGGAGAGUAUUAUGCCAAUUGACACCAGGCAUUGUGAGUU